AUCACUAGUGAUGGAAUGAAUAUUCCAAACAGUUUGAUCCUCGAUUUGAUCAAAAUACGUUAGCCUUGAAAUAAUUGUUUUUCAUUAAACGUCAAAAAAUUUGUAGUGCAAAGUUGACCUACAAUAAUUGUACUAACGUUAAAAUGAGUGAAUCAAGUGAUUCGAAUAUAGAGUUUCCAAAUACUCCACCUGAAAUUACGCAAUGUGCCAAUAAUGUAGUAGAAAAUCUCUUACCACAGCAAUCAAGACAUGUAUAUGAAAAAUAUUACAAGCUUUUUAUGGACUGGAGAGAAUCAAAUAAAGCGCAAUCUUUCUCUGAAAACGUUUUAUUGGCUUUUUUCCACUAUUUGGCAAAAAAAUGGAAGUCGUCAACUUUAUGGAAAAUAUAUUCGAUGAUGAGAGCAACGCUCAAUGCAAAACACGACGUUGAUAUUUCUAAGUUUGUGAAGCUUAGAGCAUUUUUAAAACGCAGUUCAGAUGGGUACUUACCAAAAAAAUCAACCGUGUUUACGACAGUAAAUGUAAAGAAAUUCUUAGAAACCGCUCCGGAUGAUAUAUAUUUAGCAACAAAGGUAGCCCUUGUGAUUGGUAUUACUGGAGCUUGUCGUAAAAAUGAACUUUACAACAUAAAAAUGACACACAUAAAGGAUUUAGACUCUGCAAUAUUAUUUGAUAUUCCCAAUACAAAAACCAAAACACCAAGACAAUUUACAAUAACGGGUGAAUUUUACAAUAUUGUGAAGAAAUAUGCUGCAUUAAGACCGGCAGACGUUCCCUCUGAUAACUUUUUUGUGAAUUAUCAAAAAGGAAAAUGUACGAAGCAAGUCAUUGGGAUUAACAAAUUGGGAAAUAUGCCCAAGCAAAUUGCAACUUUCCUUAAUCUAGAAAACCCGCAAAAUUACACCGGUCACUGCUUUCGCCGUACAUCGGCUACUAUGUUAGUAGAUGCAGGAGCGGAUAUCACAACAUUAAAAAGACAUGGCGGGGGGAAGUCGUCGGAGGGUGCGGAAGGAUACGUGGAUAAUUCGCUACAAAAUCGUAUUAACGUCGCCAGUAAGAUCGUGACUUCAGUCAUUGGGUCAGAUUCAUUGUUUGUACCCUCAAGUUCCAACGUUCACACAACAGUGUCCUCGUCAUCCACUAAUCAAGCAGUUGUGGAAAACUCUACAGCAAACAUUUGUAAUACACCAAUUCUCAACUUUCAUAAUUGUCAGAAUACCAUAAAUAUCACAAUUAAUAAAAAUUAAAGUUUCCUUCUUAUUCCUUCUUGCAUUUAAUUUAUUUCUUG